AUACACAGACGCACUCAGUUGCACCUUUCGUCGCUCAUUGGCUCCACUCCCUCAUUGGCUGUGCACCACACAGACCUGUUCCUCUGCUAGUCGCCGCCGUCGCCGCUGCUGCCGCUGGGACUCAUUUCUGUUUUGUCGCCAAAGGGGUUGAGUUUGAAGUUUGACUCUCGAGCCGUUCGCCUGUGCCCUCCUCGCGCCGAUGACAGACAAGCCUGAGAGGUGACUGGUGUGAACAGUGUUGGAAUGCAACAGGAUUACCAUCUGACCUUACCCAGGAGAGGCUGAGGGAACCAGACCAUUAGCCACAACGUUUUCAAAGUUGUGCUGCUCUACAAUGCGUUUACAAUGUCCACAAUGACGCAUGUGAUUCUACAGGAGAAAGACGGGGAUAUUGAAAAGAAGCUGGACUGGAGUUACAUUGAGUGGGCUGAGAAUGAGGUGGAGCCCACAGGUGUUUGUUCUGCACAGACUCAGACAGACUGGGACCUUCCAGAUCGGACCGACCGGGAGACCCAAACCAGCAGCCCCAUUAUCAUGCACAUAGACCUUACACGCACUCACUCCAGGCUACGCCACUUGUCCCUGGCGGACAGUGAUGCCUUGGCUGCACCUUAUUUUCAGUUUGACCGUCAGGCACCCGGCCGCAUCUCCACGUCCCCCACCCUAAGAAGAAUGAGGAGCACCCGGAGACCCCAAAGUGAGCCUCGGGACCCUGUGAUAAUGGGUCCUACUCAGGAAGAACCCUCUUCUGUCGUCGCACCCCCUCCCAUGAGCCCUCAGUCCCCUGUACACAGAGUUAUCUCCCCUCUGGCCGUAAGCCCCCUUCCCGAUGGCAACCACUGUCAGGUUCAGCAGCACAUUUCAUCGUCAGGGCGACAGCGAACCCAGUCCCACAGAUCAAAGACUUUUGACAACGGUGUCACAUCGCCCAGACAAGACUGUCACAGCAAUCAUCUCAGCCUCAAAGAUUUUGUGUUUUCUGAUGGCAGUGAAUCAAAGGAGAAGGAGCUGAGUCCUAACAGGCUACAGGAGAGGAGGCGGAGCUCUGUAGUGGUCAGUUUACCGGGAUUGGACGUUUCACCUGGAGAUCUUUUUGUAUCUAACGGAGCAGCACAUUUACUCAAUGGUUCAACACUUUCAGAUCAUAAGAAGUCGAAGUGGCCCUUCUCGAGGCGGAGCACGUCUAAAGGGAAGUUACAGAUCGGCACAGCGUCAGAUGUGGAGAAGUAUCUAUCAACGGCACAGAUUCAGGAUUGGAGGAACCCAGAUUUCCAAAAGUACAAGGAUUACUGUGUUGCGGAGUUCAUGCGGGAGUUCCAGGUGAGCUCUGCCCCCGACCCCCACACCUACAAGAGACAGGAGGCCAUCUGGGAGCUCUUCACCAGCGAGUGUGUUUACUUCCUAGAUCAGCUCAUGGUCCUUAAAGAGGUGUUUUUAGCCACACUGAUGGAUCUACAGACGCGGAACUGUCUAACUGAUGUGGACGUUUGGAGGCUGUUCGCUAACCUCAAAGAGCUUUGUCUGGUGAGCUUUGGUUUCUUGAACAACCUCUUGCGUGUCAUCAAGGACACCCUGGCGAUAAGCGAAGAGGGCGGGCCCACCCUGCUGGAGCUGCUCAGCAAAGUGUUUAAGGAGAGUAUAUGUCACUGCCUUCAGACCUAUUGCCUCAACUACACCUCUGCUCUGCUUUAUCUGGACAGCCUCAAACCCAGAGAGGACUUUGGAUCUUAUGUGAAGUGGUGUGAGAGGAACGAACAGUGCCGGAGGCUGCAGCUUCGUGACCUGUUGGUGGCGCCUUUGCAGAGGCUAACCCGAUACCCUCUUUUAUUGAGGAAUAUUGCAAAAAGACUUCAGACUGAAGAAGAGGUCGCAGGCCUCCAGUCUGUGGCGGAUCAAGUGGAUACAGCUAUUUGUGAUUUGGAGGGGAAGGUCAAAUGGCUGGACAACUACCAGAAGGUAAAGCAGCUGAGAGACGCUCUAGUGUGGUUGCCAGUUUGGGAGAGGGACAAACGUGCCUUUAUUCCAGAGAAUCUGAAACAUCUGCUCAAGGCGGUCACUUUGGAGAAUCUCAUUUCUCACCGCAGCCUUCUCCAUGAGGGCAGACUGGUGCUGACAGAAAACACCAAGCUCAUCGAUGUUUAUCUGUUCCUUUUUGACGAAUUUCUUCUUAUCACAAAAAUCAAGAGAAACAAAAAGCGCUCCAUUGGUCCAGAACAGAACCCACUGAGGAUGCCUCAGAACCAGGAGCUGGACCAGCUGUUGAAGGAGGGCUGCACCUUCACUGUGGUGGAUCAGCCAGUGUCUUUAGACCGGCUUCAACUCAAGAACAUCGACCAGCUGAACGCAUCAACAUCGGGUCUGCCUCAUUCCUUUAUUAUUAUGCACCAGAAUCGGUACCAGCAGUGUAUAGGAGCCUUCAUACUUCAAGCUCCCUCAGAAACAGCCAAAAGAGCUUGGAUGUCAAAGAUAGAGGAUGCUGUGACUACUGUGCUGAAGCAGGACUGUCAGCAGCUGCGACACAAGAGCACCUCCUUGUGGCUGGAGUCUUCACAGAUCUGAUCCUCAAAGCCAUUUACUGUCAAUGUGCACUUCAAUGUCUCGACCCCAGACAUCUUCAGUGACUGUAUUAGUACUAGGAAUGUUUUUGUAAAUGUGUCAUAUGCCUUACAGGGCAGCUACUGCAGUAGUGUACAAUAAAUGUGAGAUUAUUUAGAAAA